AUGCCAUCCACCACCAGCGUGAGAGUGCGCAAGCCAGGCUGUAUCCCAUGCCGAGAGAGGCAUCUACGAUGUGACCACGCACCGCGAUGCUCGAACUGUUGCAAGGCGAGGCGCAAACAAAAAUGCGAGUACCCGACUCCCUCACUGAAAAUCCGACAAGUCGCUUUCUCAUCCCCGGAGCUUUCUUUGGACGAUAAUACCGCCGUUCCUACAGACCCCGAUUUCAAUAACAAUGUCAGUAUCGAUGUCGACGGUGACAUUGUGGAGUCACCUGGACCGGCACCACACACCUCGUCAGAGGCUAUCCCUACCUUCUCUCCUCUUGCUCCGAGGGAGAAUGGUUCAUCGGCCGAUUUCCACCUCAUCAACACACCUGUGGCAGUCGCUCCAAUUUCUCCCACAGCCGUGAGCCCUGCCAGCUUCAGAGCAUCGGCACCCACCAUCUUUACGCCACAGGCAUGGCACGAAUUCGACGAGUCAGUGGUCCAAAUGCCGAGGAUCACGAAUGGCUUCGCUCGAAUGGUCAUCUCUAGUGGUGUAGAUGCUAGGGUGUUUGGCUUCUUUAUCAGUCAUAUGGGGAAGUGGCUUGACAUCGUCUCACCUAGUCGCUACUUUGGAGUGACUAUACCAAGACUUGCACUGAGCAACAGAGCGCUCUACUACGCUUGUCUGACUUGUGCGUCGCGUGUGUUGAUUCGCCAAGGUACAUUGGACAAGACCAAGUGCGACGAGUAUGAAGACACGGCCAUAUCCGCCUUUAUUCCUCAGUUGUCGAACCUUGGCCAUGCACAUGAGCGAGAGACAUUACCUGCCAUCGCCACAAUUCUCAGAAUGGCGGAACAAUUCUACGAGAUCCAAGAGGACACUCGUUGCCAUCUCGCCGGCGCUCCGUCGCUGUUCACAGGCAAACCAGAUGGUUUUGGUCAUGGCAGUGCCGCAUUCUGGCUCUAUCUCCGACAGUCCAUUCGCGCGGCGUUUCUGAACGAGGAACCCUGUAAAUUGGACCCGAAACUUGUCCCCGUGGACUUCAACCCUGUCUCCGAAGCCGCCUGGUCUAAUCGCAUGGCGGUUCUACUGGCCCGGACGUGCUCGGCAUGCUGGGCCAGUUCGCUGGAAUCAACCCAACAGGAAGUGGAGCUUGAUGAGUUACGAAUUCUGUUGGAACUGUGGCGGCAGAACGUCCCGGAAACGUUUCUACCAUGGUGUAACUAUCGGGCAGAGAAUGAACCUUUCCCUGUGAUACGAUACAUCAGCCCUUGGCACGGUCGGUAUUUGUUCCUUAUUGCAGAAAUCUUUACUGAUGGCAGCUUUAGUGGUCGCCUGGCAAUUUUACUAUGCAGCGAAAAUCCUCAUUGGCUCACAUCGAACUCCAAGAAACGUGAACAUGAUCGGCAUGAGUCGUUAUAUGGAGGCCGAGAUUCUCUCCCAAAGCAGGCUCCUCUGCGCGAUUACAUUGUCCUGUGA